CUCUGUGACAGUGAAAUGAAAUGUCUGUUUACAUGACUUCUUGAAGACGGCACUCUUUAUUCAUACAUCCUCUUAUUCAUUCGUUAAGCCAAUGACCACAUUCAGGUGGAGAUUUCAUUUUCACAGAAAUACGUGGACACGGAUCAAUCCUCUUUGGCUCUCGAGUGGCUGUCUGUUUGAUUGCCACGUUCUUGGAGCUUCGCUGCACUACAGACGCACGUUGAAGGAUAACCCAGCUUUUAGAUUGUCAUUGGACUUCUUAACAACAGCUAGGAGUUACAGUCGCAAUAGGAAUAUGAACACGUCUGACGAAGAUCCUCCUGCUAAACGGAGGAAGUCUUCUUCGGACUCGGACCAUCAUUUGCAAAAGGACAGACUUUCCCCAAACGGCAAAAGUCCACCUCGGAAAAAAGGAGCUGCAUCAAGUCCCACUGCAGAGGUAGGGAGACGAUGGGAAGAGUUCACACACGCGCGUGGAAAACUGCCCGGUGCCUCAGGAGGAACCAGGCAGCACUUCGACUUUUCCGUAAUGUCUUAUAACAUCCUCUCGCAACAGCUGCUGCAUGAAAACUCCUACUUGUACAGGCACUGCUCCGUGCCCGUCCUGGACUGGAAAUACCGGUAUGCCAACAUCAUGAAAGAAAUAGAAGAACACAACGCAGAUAUUUUGUGUCUUCAGGAAGUUCAAGAGGACCACUAUGUUUCACAGAUGAAGCCCAGUCUAGAAGCCUUAGGCUACCAGUGCGAAUAUAAGAAGCGUACGGGUGGCAAGCCGGACGGCUGUGCGGUGGUGUUCAAGCGUGACUCCUUCGCCCUGCUCUCGGGCCACCCUGUUGAGUACCUGAGGCCCGGCGUACCCCUCCUGGACCGCGACAAUGUGGGCAUGGUGCUGCUCCUACAGCCCAACACAUCCACCACCAUGCCAUCUCCGCUGUGCGUGGCCAACACAGACCUGCUCUCAAACCCUCGCCGCGGGGACAUCAAGCUGGCCCAGGUGGCCAUGCUCCUGGCCGAGCUCCGGCGCGUGGCCUCGCGUCCCGACGGCACACUCUGCCCCCUGGUGGUGUGCGGUGACAUGAACUCGGUGCCCUGGUCGCCCCUCUACCGUUUCCUUAGAGACGGCAGGCUGGAUUAUUAUGGGAUAUUUCGGGGAGAGGUAUCGGGGCAGGAUGCUGUUCCCAGGAGGCAGCACCCGCUGACCGUGCCCCUCUGGCCCCACACGCUGGGCAUCAACGCACAGUGCCAGUACCACUGCCAGAGCAAUACAUCAGGCCUAACGAUAGAAGAGUUUUACAGGAUCAACAGGCCUUGUAUACAGCACGGGUUCAGCUUCAGCUCUGCAUACUCCCACCGCUCCUCCAAGCGAGGGGAGCCAGAAGUCACCACCAACAACAUGCAGAGGCCCCUCACCGUGGACUACAUAUUCUACACUGCCGCCUCCAGAUUCACAUCAGAUCCCAGCUCCCUGUAUGGGGAGGGUCUGCAGCUGCUGGCGCGUCUGUCGUUGUUUGACGUGACUGAUCUGAGUACAGUGGGCGGGCUGCCCAACGCCAGCCACCCUUCAGACCACCUACCGCUGCUGGCCCGAUUCAGACUGCACAGCCGCCAGCAGCAGCAGCAGCAGAGGCAGUGGCCAGCACCACCACCACCCUCAGCAAAGGUCGACUGAUGAACCCCAAUGACAACUCAUGAACAUCUCAACCAUAGAGGUAGAACAGAACACUGGAGGGGUCAUGACCCCAGUUGUCACGGCAGUCCUGGCAGCCAUUAUUUG